AUGGCAGCUAGUGGUCCGCUCUACAACAACUACCAGUCACCUCCACCAAGUCAUCAGCCUGGUCAAGUCCCACACCCACACCAUGUACAGCAUCCACAAGCUCCAGGGCAAUCGCCUGUUGCUCAACAAUCACCCUACGCCCAUCAAUCGCCUCAAUACCAGCAGUAUGCAGGGAAUCAGCAAAUCAACUAUCAAUCGUCUCCGGGUCAGCCGAUGAACCAGAUCCCGCAAACUCCACAGGCCCAUCCUUCGCAAUCGCCUCUGGGCCAAUACCCCAUUCAGCAUCAGGUUCCAGGCCAGCAGCUUCCGUACCAAUCAUCUGCAUACGGUCCCCAACUUCAUCAAUCCCCUCAAGUCCAGCACCCAGGUCUCCCUCAGCAAUACGCGCCUACUCAGCAGCCCAACGUACAGACAGUAUCUUACGGUGUCGCAGCACCACCGACGGCCGCUCAGCAUCAACAGCAAUACCAGCAACAAGCAGCCCAAUUUGCUUCCCCACCUUCAGCAUCAGCCCAAGGCCAGCUACAAGCAACUGCCCAGUCACUCUUCAAAUCUGGAAAGGGCUUCUUGGGCAACAUCGCCAGCAACAUCAAGUCCAAAUACCCCGCCACCACCAAUGCUGCGACGACUUCAUCCACGGUUUCGUACACGGGCGAGCCACCGAAACCGACAUACAAUCCUGCACAGCACCCUACCCAGACGCCCUUGAGCCCGACAAACUCGUUCCCUCAGGGAUACGACCCUGGCCACCAGGUCACUCCGCAGCAUACACCACAAACACCACAGCAAAACGUCUCGCCCAGUGCGCCAGGCUAUCCUCCCGUAUCACAUCAAGGCUCUUUUCCACAGUCACAGGGACUUCCUGGGCAGUCACCCCAACAAGGAUACCAUGCUCCCCAACAGAGUCCGCAUCAAUUGCCGGCUCCCAUGAAUGGGGUCGCCGGUGCGCAAGCUACUAACUCCCAGCCGCCGGUCCAUUCACAGGGUGCAGCUGCCUCGCCAUAUCCGCAGACAUCACCGCACCACCAGCAAUCGGGCCCAUAUGCACCGACAGUUCCCGUCCAAGCUCCUCAUUCGGUUGCUCCGGCCGGACCAUAUGGUGUUCAGCCAGGCUACGGACAAAGCCAUUCGCAUGUUAUUCCGCCGCAGCCAAACCACCAUAGUCAGUCGUCUUAUGGAAGCCCGCUGCCAUCGUGGCCACAACAGACACAGGCCAACUACAGCCCAGCUGGAGCGGCACCAAGCUCCGUAUCCACUGACCAAGCACCAGUACAAGUCAGCGCUCCUGGCUACGGGCCCAUGGUGAUGCACCCGCAACCACCACACCACGAUAACCCCAUCCCACAUGCGUCGCCGUCGUCGCAGCAAGCCGUUCCACCACUGCCACAACAAGCAGUAACAUCUGGUCAAGUGCAGAACACUCUUCAGAUGGCCUCGUCGCCGCCACCUCCGCAGCAAUAUCAGACCACUGUAUCGCCCACAUAUCACCAACCGCAGCUUCACCAGCAGGUUCCUCUUGUACAGCAGCAUGGUCAGAUUAAUGCAUCAGAGAUGACGCCGUCGUCUCAAGUGGCUUCAUACCCGAGCGGUCAGGUCAGCUCCUCUAACUAUACACAAACUAGUCCUUCUAGUCCUCCAUCACAGAACCCCCAUGAUAGGACACCAGUAGCCCAAGUGCAGCAGAACGGUCCCUCCCCCCAAGAUCACUAUCAAACGCACUCGCAGCCGCAGCCGCAGCCGCAGCCUCAAUUCACUCCCUACGCACCCAGACCUGGGCAACAAGCUGCGACGCCAGAUCAAAGUCAUAUUCCUCUACCUUCUUCACCAUUGCAGAACUUGAAUCAACCCAGUGGGAUACUACCAUCUGCUCCAGAGGCUGGUGUCCAGUACCAACCCCACAAUUCGACAGUGGUUCAUCAAGCACCACAAGCACACUAUGGACAACCCACGCAUAAAACGCCCACAAUGCCUAUGAAUAGUCAAUAUAAUCAGCACCCAGUACCCCCACCCCCACCCCCACCUCCAGGUCCAGCACCAGCUCCAACGACGAACGCACCGGGGCAGAGCUUUCAAUCCCACCAACCCGUUCAGCAAUCACCACAUUCCUAUCAGCCAGUUCCGGUCGUGACUCAGCAAGCUUCAGGUCAAAAUAUCGAGAACAUCUCUCAUCAAGACCCACUGGCCUCACUGUCGGCACAAAUGGACAAUCUGAACAUGAAGAACGGCGAACAGCGCAUGGCAGCUUCAGGGGCCCCUCCUGUCCAGAAAGACGACGGACCUCGAGGACCACCACCUUGUCUAGCGGCAGGCAUGGUCAGCGACACCCUUCCAUAUUGCCCAGAGAGCCGCAUCGUGGCCUACGCUUUGGACUGGUAUCGACUUACAGCAGUGCCGCAAUAUCUCAUUUGUACAAGAUGCUAUGAGGACCAUAUUAUGGGGACUCACCUAUCUAUACACUUUGAGAGAUACCAUUCUCCAGAAGGUACCGAGUCAAAGUGUGGUUUCUGGUCGCCCCGCGCACGAGAGGUUCUUUGGCCUCAAGCCCUCCAGACCAACGACAUUGGCCAUCUUCGGGCCUUUGCGGAGAAGACUCUAACACUGCCAAGCUGUAAAGGCAGAGUGUGGAGUACUGCCGCUGAUGGUGUCAAGUGGUGGAGUAUGGUAAACAAUGAAGUUGAUGGUUUUAUCUCAUGCGAAGCUUGCUACGAGAACUGCAUUGUCGGUACGGCCUUUAAAGGUCGGUUCUCACCACAUCGUCAACAAGGUCCUGACGAAAAGUGGAUGUGUGACUUGUGUCUUCCCUACAUCACAACCGCGGCUGUCAAGAUGUCCAAGAUGAACAACUGGAAUAGCUUCAUUGAAGCUGUCAAAGCACGCGUUCAUCUUCCGGUAUGCGAAGGCAAAGAUGAAGAGUCCAACAACGGCCACUGGAUUUUACCACGUCGCAGAAUCGAGAACAUGCGUAUCUGUGAAGCAUGCUAUCUAGACAAACUUGCACUCACACGCUUUGGCAAUGAGUUUGAGCGUCAUCAACGAGCCGAGGGAUUUGAUGCUUUUCUCGAGUCAAUAGGUCAGAAGUGGAAAUGCAGCCUCACGGACACGGCCGUCAAUAUGAGUAUUGCUCUUGAGGCGGCUCUCUACCGUCGCGAUUAUGAAGUCUUUUGGAACGCAGCCAGCGCCAUUUGCAGUCUUGUCCCUUGUACUAUGAAUGGUAUCAUUAGAGGGAAUUGGUGGACCGUCGCAGGCGGGUGUCCAGAAUUUGAUGUCUGCGAGGCAUGCUACAAAGGGGCACUGGAAACGUCCGAUCUUGGACGCUUUUUUGAACCUGCCAAACGAGACCCUGCGGCGACCAUCAUUUGCAACUUCUGUCCUGGCAGUCCACGGUGGGGAGCUUUCAUCACCAAGUUCGCCGAAGCGUUGGACAAAGGUAUCUUCAGCUACUACGGUGAUUAUGUCAAGAAAUGGGCGGGAGUAUUGACUUGCCCUGGUAUCAAGAACAGAGAAAAGACUAAGUGGUGGGGACAUCCAGAAGCAUUGGCCUGUGAGGACUGCUGGUUGAACUUCGUUGCCGAAACACCUCUUGGCGACACCGUUCCGGUCAAAGGUGUUUACGAUGAGCGACCUCUGAUCUGUCAAUUGUGGUCUCCCCGGAUGCGAAACAUGUGGCUCGCGGUGUGUGCAGCGGGACCGCCAGGAUCACCAGAGUCACAAAAGGCUCUGGAUGAGUUCCGUGCUUUCGCAUGUCGUCAAUAA